AUGGGGGCAGCUGUAACAGGAGCUGCUCCCUUUCUGGACGGCCCCUUCCUAUUGCUAGGGCUAGGUGCGCUGCUGACCCUCGCCAGUUGCCGCGACAUGUCCCUCCAACGUCCCCCGGUGUCGGCUGAGCUAGUGAUCCCCAAGGAAAUAAGCCCUCCGACGUGGGGCUCGAAGACGUCCGGGCACGUCUCUUACAGCCUGCACAUCACAGGCAAGAAGCACAUCGUGCACCUACUACCCAAGAAAAUGCUGCUACCCCGACACCUGCCCGUGUUCACCUACGUAGCCAAGGACGCCCCGCAGGAAGAGGAUCCCUUCUUCCGGAAUGACUGCUACUACUACGGCUACAUGGAAGGGAUCCCCAAGUCCUUGGCUGCCCUCAGUACCUGCUUGGGUGGGCUCUGGGGGAUGCUUCAGGCAAACGGGAGACACUAUCAAAUCCAGCCCGUUCCGACUUCCUCCACCUUUGAGCACCAUCUCUAUCCAAUAGCAGACGUGGGCGCUUCUAAUCUGACCCGCGCUUUAGCCAGAAAGGAGAUAGAUGAGGACUUCUUCCAAGCCCAGGAGGCCACAUCAUCCCCACGCACAGCCACUUUUAAUGAUGUCCUUUUGCGCAGGCAGAAGGUGGAGAUGGGAGUUGUGGUGAGCAAGUUGUGGUAUGAAUCCCGGAACAGCAAUAAAACCGUGUUGCUCCAGGACAUGCUGUUCACACUCAACCUGGUGGACACGCUUUUUAUGCAGAUCAAGGCGCACGCCUCUUUGUCCUCCCUGGAAUUCUGGACCAAUCCUAGCCCUAUGAAUAUCAUCAAAAAGCUGAACGGUGUUCUUCAAAAUUCUGCCAAACCGCAAAGUAGGAGCCCUGGGGAGCAGCAACUUUGCGAUUUAGUGCAUCUCUUUCAGCAGCAUAGUUUCUACCCCGUCUUCGGAAUAGACUUCAGGACCGCAAAAUGCAAUCCUUAUCCCAGUUUGGCUAUUAGGGCUAACCUCGGAGUCCACCUGAUUUUUUUCUCUGUUCUUGUUUCCUGCGAAAUGGGGCAUGACUUAGGAAAGUCCAGUGAUGAGGAAAACUUGCAGGGUCAAAGGAAAUCCUGCCCCGUGGGCAGUAGGGCCCAAACCUCUGGUUCCUUCAAAAGCAGCUGUACUUUUGAUGGUCCUCUGGCUUCAGUGGACAGUAGGGCCAACCCUCUCAGUGGCACCUCUGAGGAGAAGAUGGAAAAGCAGCAAUGUGGAAACAAAGUCAUGGAGGAAGGAGAGGAAUGUGACUGUGGCUCCGAGACAGAAUGCAGAAAAAAUCCCUGUUGCCAGCAAGGCUGUACUCUUUCCAAAGGUGCCAAAUGUAGCACUGGACUUUGCUGUAAAGACUGUAAGAUUCUCCCAGCUGGCAGGGUCUGUCGAGUACAGGCCAAUGAGUGUGACCUCCCAGAGUUCUGCAAUGGGACCUCAGAGUUUUGCCCAGAUGACAUAUACAAACAAGAUGGUACGCCCUGUAGUGGGAAAGGAUACUGUUACAAGAAAAAGUGCGGAAGCCAUCUUCAGCAGUGCCAGGCUUUAUUUGGGCAACAAGCUGAGAAUGCUCCCCCUCAAUGUUAUAAGGAAGUGAAUAGUCGAGGUGACCGUUUUGGUAACUGUGGAGUUGGGCAAAUUUCCUUUUUCAAAGGCUGUAAAACCCAGAAUAUCUUAUGUGGAAGACUGCAAUGUGUCAAGAUUGACAUCAUUCCUCAGGUACCUCACUAUUACACCCUGAUUCAGACUUACUUAAAAGAGCCACUUGAAAAGGAAGGUCUCUUGUGCUGGGGAACAGCUUUUAGCAAGACUGCAAAGGAGAAGGGUUUGAUUGAUCUUGGAGCUGUGGAGGACGGCAGCUCAUGUGGGGAAAACAUGAUGUGUGUUAACAAGACCUGCCUCAACAUCUCCAGCAUCCGUCAGGAGUGUGUCCCAGAGCAGUGCAACUAUCGAGGUGUGUGCAACGACCGAGGGAACUGCCAUUGCGAUUUUGGAUGGGCCCCUCCUUUCUGUCAGGAUCCUGGCUAUGGAGGAAGCAGUGAUAGUGGACGAACAGCAAAUCUUGGGAGUGAGACAGACACAAAUUUCCUAUCCUGGAGGACCUAUUUAAUUCGCGGUAGCAUUUGCUGGAGCUUUGUAAUGCUUAAAUGGGCUGUGAUAAUGCUAUAUAAAAAGAGAAAGUGGAAAAAACCUUAA